GCCCCUGCUUUGACCCUCCUCAUCUGUGAGGAAAAUCAAAUCAAUACACCCUCCUUCAAAUCACGAUGCUUCUACAGCAGCAGUAUCAAGACCAGCAGCAUAUUGCAGCAGCCUUGAUCUUGUCUUAAAUUUUAACCAGCAUCUCUUGCUUCGAUGGUCCCUGCAUCUCCAGACCUAGAUCACUGCUGAGAGAAGCUCACUGCGUCACUGAAAGGAUCGUUUAGGUCCUCCUGUAUAGAGAUGGCCAACAGGGGACCAAGCUAUGGCUUAAGCCGAGAAGUCCAGGAGAAGAUUGAACAGAAAUAUGACCCAGAAUUGGAAAGUCGGUUGGUGGACUGGAUUAUUGUACAGUGUGGUGAAAAUAUAGAGCAGCCCCCUCCUGGAAGGCAACAUUUUCAGAAAUGGCUAAUGGAUGGAACACUGCUGUGCAAGUUAAUAAACAGUUUACAUCCAAGGGGGAAAGAACCCAUUCCCAAGAUCUCAGAAUCAAAGAUGGCUUUUAAACAAAUGGAGCAAAUUUCUCAGUUCUUGAAAGCUGCAGAAAUUUAUGGAGUAAGAACAACAGAUAUUUUCCAGACGGUGGAUUUAUGGGAAGGAAAAGACAUGGCGGCUGUGCAAAGAACUUUAAUGGCUUUGGGCAGUGAGGCUGUCACAAGGGAUGAUGGAUGUUAUAGAGGGGAUCCAUCCUGGUUUCACAGGAAAGCCCAGAAGAACCGGCGAGGGUUUUCAGAGGAGCAACUUCGUCAAGGACAGAAUGUCAUUGGCCUACAAAUGGGGAGCAACAAGGGUGCCUCCCAAUCUGGGAUGACAGGAUAUGGCAUGCCAAGACAGAUCAUAUAACUCAGUUUUCCCCUUUAAAACACACACACACAGACACACUACAGCAUGGCUUGAACUGGGAAAAAAUAGCUAGUUACUGUUCAUGCUAAAAUCUGCUUCUAAUCUCCCCUUUUGAGAUUUUUGGAUAUAUUUUUUCAGCUGCAACCUUUGGGUCUAAAAUGUGGAUCUCUGUGUUUGUUGUGUUCCAAUUCACGCAACAUGCUGGUGCCACAUGAUGUUCAGUUUUGAACUAUGCAAAGACACUGUUCUUCUGUAUUUAUUUGCAAUUUUGUUACCUUCUGUAUUUGUGUCUAAUUAAACUUGCUCUUGCCUCCU